AUGAAUGUUUAAAAUUUUAAAUAUUAAAAAAAGUAUUAACUAUUAAGUUAUUCUCUGUGGUAAUAAUAACUAAUAAGUAAUUAAAUAAUAACAUUCUUCUGUGAUAUUAGUCCGGUUUGGCCGUUUGGCGGUACCAGCAUUUUAUUAUUUCAGUUGGAACUAUGCACUGCAAACUUUUUAUACAAAAAUAAUUUUUGUUAAUGCUUGAAAAACAAUUUUAAAUUUCUCAACAAAUUAAUCUCUUAACUUUCGACACAUUAUCAAAAUUUUAUUGAAAAUGGAAACGAGCGGAACAACUAAUAUUCCGAAAAACGCCGAAAGUAAUAUCCAGACUGUCGAAAACAAAAACAAACAAGAUCAACAAAGAUCGACGGAAAAAGAAAAACUUGUACGAGAACUAACAGAUAUGGGCUUUUCCAAAUCACUAGUAUUACAAAUUGUUAAUAAUGCUGGUGAUGUACCUAAAGCCUUAAUUGUUGAACAACUGUUAACCUCAAACCCAGGACCUAGCGAAAAUAUACCUGUUGUAGAAGAUGAUGGGGAUCAAUUAUGGGAAGAUGUUACUGUUGCUAAUAAAAUGGUAAUCGUUAUAAACACUGGAUUGAAAAUGAGUGUGGGGAAGAUUGCUUCACAAGCUGCUCAUGCUGCAUUGGGCUUGUAUGAAGUGAUUAAAGAACGUACAGAUUUAAGCUCUGAUUUAAUUAGUUGGAAUGAACAAGGAAGUCGAAAAAUUGUUGUUGAAGCAAACAACACUAAUCAACUUAUUAAAGUAUGUUCAGAGGGUAAAAUACACAAGAUUCCAUUUUUCUGUGUCCACGACGCAGGUUUAACCGAAGUAGAACCCAACUCAUUCACUGCAUUGGCUUUUUUUGGAUCUGAUCAAGAACUCAAGCCUGUAACCGGAAAACUUAGACUACUAAAAUGAAUAACAUUUAUUCGUUUUGGAGAACAUUUAAAUCGUUUAUUGGUUAUAUAUAUAUAUAUAUUUGACGACUUACAACUAACAUUUUUAGUUAUACAACUAUGAAUGUGCUACAUAAAAACACAGUAUUGUAUUCAAUUAAAAGUGAAUAAAAUUGAAAGUUAUCUGCUGAUAUAA